AUAGACAUGGAAAAGAUACUAGUUUUACGGAUCUAUAAGACUAUCGUGGGCAUUAUUGGCAUCUUAGGCAACGGUCUCGUCUGUCUCGUCAUCGGUAAAGUCUCAUCGAUGCAGACUCGCACCAACGCCUUCAUCUUUCACCAAGCCGUGGUGGAUGUCUUGGGCUCGACUAUGAUUCUCCUACAGAGUGAAGUUCCGCUGCCCGAACCCCUACCCAACAGCGCCCAGGGGUACUUCAUCUGCGUCUUCUGGAACAGUAACUUUGUACUUUUUCUCCUGUUUGUAAUUUCAACUUUUAAUCUGAUGUCAUUGACCAUGAAGAGGUACUUUGCCAUCGUUUAUCCUUUCAAGUACCAAGCGGCGUUCACUGCGCACCCACGGCUGAAAGUCGGCUUGAUCAUUGCCGGCUGUUGGGUCCUCGGAGUCGCAAUCAAGGCCUACGUUGCAGCGAUCUUUGAGUUCUCCAACGGCGAGUGUGUGGCGAGGGAUAUCCCAAUCUCCCAGGUCAUGGGGAUCCUGACGGCCGUCCUGCAGUACGUGGUACCGGUGGCAGUGAUGUUGUUCGCGCACAUCCGUAUCAGCAUGGAGCUCAAGAGAGGAGCGGCCCGGGUGGGACCGGCACCAGCACCGGCACCGGUGGCUGCGGCACCCGCUGCCGGUACAUCCAACUCACACACCGCCCAGCCAGCACCGAAUAUGAUGGAAUCCCUCAUGCAGGCUAGACGCAACACCUUCAAGACCCUACUGAUCGUCUUCAUCACGUUCUUGGUCUGCUGGACACCAAACCAGUUUCUGUUCUUCAUGUUCAAUGUCGGUUGGACGGUGCACGAUAAGUGGUACUACCUUCUGUCUGUGGCGAUGGUGGCCACCAACUGCUGCGUCAACCCGGUCAUCUACGCCUUCAAGUACCGCCAGUUUCGCAACGGAUUUUGGGAGAUGGUCGGACGCGGAAAACGCAACCCAUUUACAUCCAAUGCAAAUUUGCAGUCAACAAAUCUUUCUAUUGAAAGUUUAAAAGAUUCGCAUUUUCUUCAGUUUAAAGGCAUCGUUUGCUUUUCGUUCAUUUUGUUCGUUGUGAAUUAUAACACCACUCAAAUUCAAAAAAAGAAUGUCUAG